AUGGCGGAAAACAAAGGCGGCGGCGAGGCUGAGAGCGGCGGCGGGGGCAGCAGUAGCGCGCCGGUAACUGCCGGAGCCGCCGGGCUCGCGGCGCAGGAGGCGGAGCCGCCUCUCGCGGCGGUGCUGGUGGAGGAGGAGGAGGAGGAAGGCGGCAGGGCCGGCGCGGAGAGCGGCGCGGCCGGGCCCGACGACGGGGGGGUGGCCGCGGCCUCCUCGGGCUCGGCCCCGGCUGCCUCAGCCCCUGCAGCCUCAAUGGGCCCUGGAGUUCCCGGGGGGGCGGUAUCGACGCCAGCCCCAGCCCCGGCCUCGGCUCCUGCUCCGGGUCCCUCGGCGGGGCCGCCUCCAGGACCGCCAGCCUCGCUCCUGGACACCUGCGCCGUGUGUCAGCAGAGCCUGCAGAGCCGGCGUGAGGCGGAGCCCAAGCUGUUGCCCUGUCUUCACUCCUUCUGCCUGCGAUGCCUGCCUGAGCCCGAGCGCCAACUCAACGUGCCCAUCCCGGGGGGCAGCAACGGCGACAUCCAGCAAGUUGGUGUAAUACGGUGCCCAGUAUGCCGCCAAGAAUGCAGACAGAUAGACCUCGUGGAUAAUUAUUUUGUGAAAGAUACAUCUGAAACUCCUAGCAGUUCUGAUGAGAAAUCAGAACAGGUAUGUACUAGUUGUGAAGACAAUGCAAGUGCAGUUGGCUUUUGUGUUGAGUGUGGAGAAUGGCUGUGUAAGACGUGCAUUGAAGCACAUCAAAGAGUAAAAUUCACGAAAGAUCACUUGAUCAGGAAGAAAGAAGAUGUCUCAGAGUCUGUUGGAGCAUCUGGUCAGCGCCCUGUUUUCUGCCCUGUUCACAAACAAGAACAGUUGAAGCUUUUCUGUGAAACGUGUGAUAGACUGACAUGUAGAGACUGUCAGCUAUUGGAACACAAAGAACAUAGGUACCAGUUUUUGGAAGAAGCUUUUCAAAACCAGAAAGGUGCAAUUGAGAAUCUACUGGCUAAGCUUCUUGAGAAGAAGAAUUAUGUUCAUUUUGCAGCUACUCAGGUGCAGAAUAGGAUAAAAGAAGUAAAUGAGACUAACAAACGAGUAGAACAGGAAAUUAAAGUGGCCAUUUUCACCCUUAUCAAUGAGAUUAAUAAGAAAGGAAAAUCUCUCUUACAGCAGCUAGAGAAUGUUACAAAAGAAAGACAGAUGAAGUUACUGCAGCAACAGAAUGACAUCACAGGCCUUUCCCGGCAGGUGAAACACGUUAUGAACUUUACAAACUGGGCGAUCGCAAGUGGGAGCAGCACGGCACUGCUGUACAGCAAGCGACUGAUUACUUUUCAGUUGCGCCAUAUUUUGAAAGCACGGUGUGAUCCUGUCCCUGCUGCUAAUGGAGCAAUACGUUUCCAUUGUGAUCCUACCUUUUGGGCCAAGAAUGUAGUCAAUUUAGGUAAUCUAGUAAUAGAGAGUAAACCAGCUCCUGGUUAUACUCCUAAUGUUGUAGUUGGGCAAGUUCCUCCAGGGACAAACCACAUUAGUAAAACCCCUGGACAGAUUAACUUAGCACAGCUUCGACUUCAACAUAUGCAACAGCAAGUGUAUGCACAGAAGCAUCAGCAGUUGCAACAGAUGAGGAUGCAGCAGCCGCCUGCUCCCGUACCAACAACCACCACAGCAACGCAGCAGCACUCCAGACAGGCAGCCCCUCAGAUGUUACAGCAGCAGCCUCCAAGAUUGAUCAGUGUUCAAGCAAUGCAAAGAGGCAACAUGAACUGUGGAGCUUUCCAAGCCCAUCAGAUGAGAUUGGCUCAGAAUGCUGCCCGAAUACCAGGGAUACCCAGGCACAGCGGCCCUCAGUAUUCCAUGAUGCAGCCACACCUCCAAAGACAACAUUCAAAUCCAGGGCAUGCUGGACCCUUUCCUGUUGUGUCAGUACAUAACAACCCAGUCAAUCCAACCAGCCCUACUACAGCUACUAUGGCGAAUGCAAAUCGAGGUCCCACCAGCCCAUCUGUUACUGCAAUAGAAUUAAUUCCCUCAGUUACCAAUCCAGAAAACCUUCCGUCGCUGCCAGAUAUUCCACCUAUACAGUUGGAAGAUGCUGGUUCAAGUAGUUUAGAUAAUCUGCUAAGUAGAUACAUCUCAGGCAGUCACCUACCCCCACAGCCCACAAGCACCAUGAAUCCCUCCCCAGGACCCUCUGCCCUAUCUCCAGGAUCAUCAGGUUUAUCCAAUUCUCACACACCUGUGAGACCCCCUAGUACUUCUAGUACUGGUAGUCGAGGCAGCUGUGGGUCAUCAGGAAGAACUGCUGAGAAGACCAGUCUUAGUUUUAAGUCUGAUCCAGUGAAGGUCAAGCAAGAACCUGGCACUGAAGAUGAAAUAUGUAGCUUUUCAGGAGCUGUGAAACAGGAAAAGACUGAGGAUGGCAGACGGAGUGCCUGCAUGUUGAGCAGUCCUGAGAGUAGCUUGACACCACCUCUUUCAACCAACCUGCAUCUAGAGAGUGAGUUGGAUGCACUGACAAGCCUGGAAAACCACGUGAAAACUGAACCUGCAGAUCUCAAUGAAAGCUGCAAACAGUCAGGGCUCAACAGCCUUGUUAAUGGAAAGUCCCCAGUUCGAAGCCUCAUGCACAGGUCGGCCAGGAUUGGAGGAGAUGGCAGCAGCAAAGAUGAUGACCCAAAUGAAGAUUGGUGUGCUGUCUGCCAAAAUGGAGGGGAUCUCUUGUGCUGUGAAAAAUGUCCAAAGGUCUUUCAUCUAACUUGUCAUGUUCCAACACUUCUUAGCUUUCCAAGUGGGGACUGGAUAUGCACAUUUUGCAGAGAUAUUGGGAAGCCAGAAGUUGAAUACGAUUGUGAUAAUUUGCAACAUAGUAAGAAGGGGAAAACUGCACAGGGCUUAAGCCCGGUGGACCAAAGGAAAUGUGAACGUCUUCUGCUUUACCUCUAUUGCCAUGAAUUAAGUAUUGAAUUCCAGGAACCAGUUCCUGCUUCGAUACCAAACUACUAUAAAAUUAUAAAGAAACCAAUGGAUUUAUCCACCGUGAAAAAGAAGCUUCAGAAAAAACAUUCCCAACACUACCAAAUCCCAGAUGAUUUUGUGGCUGAUGUUCGUUUGAUCUUCAAGAACUGUGAAAGGUUUAAUGAAAUGAUGAAAGUUGUUCAAGUUUAUGCAGAAACACAAGAGAUUAAUUUGAAGGCUGAUUCAGAAGUAGCUCAGGCAGGGAAAGCAGUUGCAUUGUACUUUGAAGAUAAACUCACAGAGAUCUACUCAGACAGGACCUUCGCACCUUUGCCAGAGUUUGAGCAGGAAGAGGAUGAUGGUGAGGUAACUGAGGACUCUGAUGAAGACUUUAUUCAGCCCCGCAGAAAACGCCUAAAGUCAGAUGAGAGACCAGUACAUAUAAAGUAA